AUGGGGCAAUUCGGCGGAAGCGGUGGCCCCACGAGUCGCAUCCACGCAACAGGGAUCUCAACCAUCACCGUUCCGGCCACCUCUUCGACAUCCAUCCCCGCCUCCGUCAAGGCCUCCGCUGCCGCCAGCAAGUACAAGGCUGCUGAUACCAACCCCACUACUGCGGUUUCCUCGGCCGCUCCCGUCACCAGCAAGCCUGCCUCGGUCACUCCCGUCACCAGCAAGCCUGUGUCCUCCGUGGCUUCUGCCACUAGCAAGGCGUCUGCCCCCGCCGCUUCCGCCUCCACCACCCCCGGCAGGUCCGGCAAGUUCAAGUGGUUUGGUACCAACCAGAGUGGCGCUGAGUUCGCCUCUGGAUCCCUGCCCGGCACUCUGGGCACCGACUAUGCCUUCCCGGACACAGCCAAGAUCACCGUUAGAUGCAGCCGUCCCAGCAGUACCCUUAUGAACGAAGGAUACACGACCUUCCGCGUUCCGUUCCUUAUGGAGCGACUGUCCCCUGACAGCAUUUCGGGCAAGUUCAACGCCGACUACCUCUCCGGUCUGACCAAGGUCAUCGAGCAUAUCACCUCCGCCGGUGGCUACGCCGUCCUCGACCCCCACAACUACGGCCGCUACCGGAACAACAUCAUCACCGACACCGCCGCCUUCAAGACCUUCUUCACCAACCUGGCUACGGAGUUCAAGUCCAACGACAAUGUUAUCUUUGACACCAACAACGAAUAUAACUCGAUGGACCAGGACCUCGUUCUGCAGCUGAACCAGGCCGCCAUUGACGGAAUCCGUGCCGCCGGCUCCGAGAACUGGAUCUGGGCCGAGGGCAACUCUUGGAGCGGCGCACACAGCUGGACCAGCGUGAACGACAACAUGAAGGGCCUGACCGACUCGCUCAACAAGGUCGUCUACGAGAUGCAUCAGUAUCUCGAUAGCGACAGCAGCGGCACCUCCGCCGACUGUGUUUCGGCCACCGAGGGCGUUGAGCGCGUUAAGGACGCCACCGCAUGGCUCCGCUCCAACAAGAAGGUCGGUGUCAUCGGCGAGUAUGCCGGCGGCGCCAACGCCCAGUGCAAGGAUGCCGUUGUCGGUAUGCUCGACUACCUCCAGGAGAACAGCGACGUCUGGCUCGGUGCGACUUGGUGGGCCGGCGGACCGAUGUGGGGUUCGUACAUGUACUCGCUCGAGCCCGAGACCGGUGUUGGCUACAGCUACUACAACGACGUGUUGAAGGCCUACCUUUAA